UGUGGACCCAGGCCUCACUGUGCUCUUGGGGGCUCAGGAAGGCCCCCCACCUCAGCAGUUUGGAGGUGUGUGCUCCUGCUGCCUGGCUUCUCCUCACUCCUGGCAUACAUGCUCCAAUCUUGGAGUGAGGAUAGGGCAGAGCCUGGGCACUGUUGCAACCCAGGCGGGUGUGCGCACUCUUGGGGCAGUGCUCACACACACCUUCCCCUUGCAACCAUGGCCCCUUUAAACUCUGGGCACCAGCAAGCAUGGGAGGGAAGGCUGAGAGGGUGCUGAAGGCAGUUUGGUGCUAAUCUGCAGGCACCCCUUGGCACAGACAGCCUGGGCACCAUGAAUGGGGACAGAAAGCAGACAGAUUCCUGGGCAAAAGUGGGCGGGUCUCUGGUGAAGCCUUGCCUUCAAGUCAGCAAGGGCCUGAAGCCUGGGGACCGGAGAGCUGGUCCAGCAGACUUGAGUGGGUCUUUGUGGUGCUUUUUCAGGCCACUGGCCACUGCCCAUGGACCAAUCAGCAUGCACUUCCUCUCCUCUGAGGCCCAUAAAAGCCUCAGACCCAGCCAGACUCAAGUAGAGGAUGGAACGACCAGCUGCAGAGGGGAGCUGCCCACCCCAGGGUCUCCUCUCUGCUGAGAGCUGAAGGGACAACAGCACGGCCAGCUGUGGAGAGGAGCUUUCCACUCCAGGGUCUCCUCUCUGUGGAAGCUGAACACUCACUGGGACACGCCAGCUGCAGAGAGGAGCUACUCACUAAUCGGCUGUUGAGUGUGCUCUCAAUGGAGCUUUGGUUUUAGCUGUUCUCUGACAAAGAGCUUGUUCUGAGCUGCACAUCUCGUCCUCUUUGUUCAGCCUCAGGCUUCAAGCAUUCAAUCCUAAAUAUUCUCCAGCUGGGAAUCAGACAAGGGCAGAAAUGAAGAACCCAGAAGCUCAGCAGGAUGUUUCAGUUUCCCAGGGAUUUCGCAUGUUGUUUUACACGAUGAAACCCAAUGAAACUUCAUUCCAAACAUUAGAAGAGGUGCCUGAUUAUGUAAAAAAGGCAACUCCAUUUUUCAUUUCUUUGAUGCUGCUUGAACUUGUUGUCAGCUGGAUUCGCAAAGGAAAGCCACCAGGUCGCCUGGAUGAUGCUUUAACGUCAAUCUCAGCUGGUGUUUUGUCUCGACUUCCAAGUCUAUUUUUCAGGAGCAUUGAACUGACCAGUUAUAUUUAUAUCUGGGAAAACUACAGGCUGUUCAAUUUGCCUUGGGAUUCUCCAUGGACUUGGUAUUUAACCUUCUUAGGAGUUGACUUUGGCUACUACUGGUUCCAUCGUAUGUCUCAUGAAGUUAAUAUUAUGUGGGCCGGACACCAAACACAUCAUAGUUCUGAAGACUAUAACUUAUCCACAGCACUGAGACAGUCUGUCCUCCAGAUAUAUACUUCCUGGAUUUUCUACUCUCCCCUGGCCCUCUUCAUACCCCCUUCAGUAUAUGCUGUUCAUCUUCAGUUCAAUCUUCUUUACCAAUUUUGGAUCCACACAGAGGUCAUCAAUAACCUUGGUCCUUUGGAACUGAUUCUUAAUACUCCUAGCCAUCAUAGGGUUCAUCAUGGCAGAAAUCGUUAUUGCAUAGACAAAAAUUAUGCUGGUGUUCUUAUUAUUUGGGAUAGAAUUUUUGGGACAUUUGAAGCAGAAAAUGAAAAAGUUGUAUAUGGCUUAACACAUCCCAUUAAUACCUUUGAACCAAUCAAAGUGCAGUUCCAUCACUUAUUUUCCAUAUGGACUACAUUCUGGGCCACACCUGGAUUCUUCAAUAAGUUUUCUGUCAUAUUUAAAGGACCAGGAUGGGGUCCAGGUAAACCAAGACUUGGUCUAAGUGAAGAAAUUCCAGAGGUCACUGGCAAAGAAAUUCCCUUCUCAUCAUCUUCAUCUCAGCUAUUAAAGAUAUAUACAGUUGUACAGUUUGCUCUGAUGUUAGCAUUUUAUGAAGAGACCUUUGCAGAUACAGCUGCACUGUCGCAAGUUACUCUCCUUCUGAGGGUUUGCUUCAUUAUUCUGACCUUGACUUCCAUUGGAUUUCUUCUGGAUCAAAGACCCAAGGCAGCUAUUAUGGAAACACUCCGUUGCUUGAUGUUCUUAAUGCUGUACAGAUUUGGUCACCUGAAGCCUCUUGUCCCUUCCUUGUCAUCUGCUUUUGAGAUUGUUUUUUCCAUUUGCAUUGCUUUCUGGGGAGUUAGAAGCAUGAAACAACUCACCUCUCGCCCUUGGAAAUAAUCUGAAUUUGUACAUAAUUCUUUUCUUUUAAUGAGUUGUCCACAAGCAUAUUAUGACUGC